CGUCGGGUCGAUCGGUUCGCGAAGGACUUAUCGUAUCGUCGUCCUCAUUGUUGUGGUUUCAGGAAAGAAGUUUUCCGCCUCUCUCUCUGGAGGAAAACACGGUGGGAAAUCGUUACAGAGUUGCAUUUCGUCAGCCAAAGGAUUAAUCGGAAGCGUUGCGACAACCAGCUGUGAAUGCUUGUGCAUGCGUGACAGUCGUGUUUCCUUUCGAUCAGCAAGAAGUGUGAAGGGGGAAAACAGCUAAAUCUGCACUAUUUGGCAGAGGCUACGAUAGUGGUUGCACCAACACCAACUUGAAGAAGGAUUUCCACAAGAAGAAAAAGAAAAACUCAAAGAAAAGCAAAAAAAUAACAAUUAUUUCCCUGCGUGUCUGCUCGAAAAAUACUCCGUCCUCGGUGAGUGUCCUCCGGAACUGAAACCGGCAAACCAACAAGUACUUGGCGAACAGCUGGUUCUGGGUGUUCUGCUGGUGGGAGAAAAGCACCAACUGUGUGUGAGUGUUUGUGUGGAAAGAGACCAACUUUGGUUGAAGUUCAAAGGAAUGCAGUGUGUUUGUGGUUCAGUUUGUGACGCAAGGUAAACAGCGCCCGUGUAUUAAGCUGUGAUUAAGAUUGCUCUCAUCAACGGCGAUCCCAGAAUCCAAAAAAAAUAAUCCUCUCACCCGGACUUAGAAGAUUCUCACUCAACUCAAUAGCACACCAACUUUGAGAGUGCAUUAAACGCCCUUUUUUCGGAACGCAACCGGCGAACGCAAAAACUUGAUACAAAGUGCAUAAAAUUAACCACCUUCAGUGUGUCAAAGAAAAAAAAUCUCAGCUCUUCAUCAUCAUCCAACCGUGAAAUACCGUUUCAGUAUCGCGCUCGCACCUUUCUGAAAGUGCAGAACGCACAGAAAAAAACCAGGAAGCAAUUUUCAGGUUGCCCGGUCCAACCGUAAAAAAAGAAGCCCCGCGUUGACCACUCAAUGUUCUGGUCCGCAACGUGAACGAUCACGCCCGUGUCAACCCGGAAUGGCCACCACCGGAAACUGUCCCGCCCAGCUCACCUCACCGGAGAGCCGGACGUAACGCAUCUCGCGCCAGCAGUGUGUGGUGAUAAAUGGCGUGACAGAGAGAGCUUAAAAUUUGAGUUGAGUGCACACUGCAGAUUCCAGUAAAUCCUUGGUAACCGGUAAGGGCCUGCAAAAAAACCCCUCGAUUCAACCUAAAAGCUAGAAGCUGAGGACUCAAAACCAAAACCCGGACCCUCCCGUUAUUAAAUGCAUAAAUUUGGUCCUGUUCGAUCGGCACCGUACACACGUACACACGUGCUGCACACAUACUCAGCGUCGAGAGUGUGUUGGUGGUCCGUAUUUAGGAUCCUGCAGUGCAGUUCCGAGUGUUGAGGGUAGGCAGUGAAAGUGCCUCAACCCCCUGAAAAGUGAUCCCUCGACAGUUCCUGGUCAGCUUGGGUGUGGCUAUGUGUGUGUGAAACUGUGCCGUUGUCAGUGGUGUGCUACCGGUGUAUCCGACGACGUUCCGGAUCCAAUCAAUACCCGGCGAUGUGUUCCAGAAGCUGCUCGCACAGCAGUAAAGCUCUGAUAGUUGGUGCUCUGUUUUUAAUAAUUGUCGAAAUAAAUCAAACAAAUUGCAACUCGAUUCUGCCGGCAAAGCCGGUGCCGGCCAGUGGCAGCAGUGUUGCCAGCCUCAAGUUACACAUUGACAACGAUAGCAGCAGCAGCAGCGGUAGUAGUAGUCGGAGUGAUGAAGAUUCUCCGGUAACCAGUUCUUCGACGCCACCGGUGGUGGUAACACUGCCGGGGUCAACAACGGUGGCCCCCGGGACUUGUGUUGGGGCCGAUCUCGGUGGCCAGAUCCCACUGGAACGAUUGCCCUCCAACACGUUGCUCAAGUAUACGGCCUACAAGGACGUCUCGAUACUACACUUCCGUAUACCGACCGACACCCGUACGGCCUUCUUUAGCUUUAAGGCGUACGAGGAAUCGAAAAGUGCCUUUCAACGCGUGUGUCAACCGAACGACAUUACGUUACACUUAAAAGCUGGCAGCUAUCCAGUGAUUAGCCCGGAGAACAUAACGUUCCCGAAGCACUUUCUCAGCGCAGAUGAAAGGUUCGAGAUACAUAAUUUACAAUUUAAAUCCGACAGCGUAACACGCCGGCUCAGCAUAGACGGGCCCCAUCCGGGCAAUUGGUUCGCGGUGGCGUUCAUCAGCUGGACCGACCCCAACAACGAGCGCAUCGAGCAGCAAGGGUUGGCCCCGUCCUGCGAGACGCUGCUCAUGUCCGAGAUGGCCGUAACGCGCAUCGUGCCGACGAUCCUGAACGCGCAGAGCUCCCACCGGGGAACGCUGCACACGAACCAGACCGAACCGACGAGCUACAAGCUGUUUGUACCAAGCGGGAUUGCCGUGGUCACGUGGCGACUGCAGAUCACGCGACCGUGCAACGAUUGCAGCGAUGUGAGCUUCUUCGUGCAAGCUCACGCGCUGCCAACGCACAAGGACUACCUGCAGAACGGGAUCAUCUGCCCGAAUCAGACGGGGGAGUUGAGUAUUGAGUUCUACCCACAGGAGAGCGCCUGGCAUUACGUAGAUUUGGACUUUUUGGGCGAGGAGGAGGGUGGGAAUAGGUCCAGCAAUGAGACUGCUUCGGUGAGGGUUCAGGAGCUGGAGUACGUGAUCGAGUUGGAGUAUCACUCGGUGAAGAAGGAAGGGGAAGAGGAGGACUCGGUAAGUGAGGCUGCAAGGAUGGUUGAAAAGCCACUUCAGCGACGAUCGUUCGAUCGGUAUCCCCUGCUACGGCAGACGUACCGGGAGUUCUUCAUGUUUGACUACGAUCUCCUACCGGACAUCAACGGAACGGUUCCACUUACGCUGAACCUUAGCGCGGGAAAUCCAGCGCUGAUGAAGUUUGACGUCAACGACGUGUACGACAUUGGAGGGACGCUCAGCUUCGCGAUUGCGAUGCGACCCGAUCAGAAAGGUGCCCUGAUCGAUGCCCACCAGGCAAACAGUAACGAUCACGUGGGGGUCGUCGCCGAAAAGCUGAUCGACGUGCAGGAAGACUUUGUGGAGGAGGUGACGACGACUACGAGUACGACUCCACCCACCGCCGCCUCCGGGAAGACCGAAACCAACCGCAGCAACCAGACGAUGAUCGUGUGCAUGCGACUCGGAGAGCCGGGCGUACCAACCUGGCCGGACAAGUGCGUGUACGGGAGACAGAUCUUCCCGGCCGCAAUCACCAUCAACAACACCGACAUGGACACCAGCACGGGACUGGUGCACGUUCCGUUUCCCGAGCCCGGCAAGUGGUACGUCACGAUGGGGAUCUUCUGUCACGGGGCGGAAACCGCAGCCAGGGUCACGAUCAUCGACAGCGUCAAAGAGUUUAUCAAAAAGUACCGAGAGAUCUUGCUGGACAUGAAACCACCAUGUUCCUGUGCUACAGCGGCCAAGUACUACCGACAGUGCUUGGGCGAAGAGGCUUGUCUGCUCGGCUUGAACGAAACGGAGACGCUCAAGAUCAAAGAGUGCAUCAUGGACGCCAAGUGUACGGAGCACUCGGAAGACAUGGCACGCAAGUUCGAGAUCCACCACAAGUACGCGACGGAGCAGAGCGUCGCAGCGGACGCGGCUUGCAACGGAAGUGUAGUGUUCACGAUAUCCUCGAGUCCUUGCGUAGCUGGACGGUGUGGUCGCUUUGGACGCUGCUACCACUACAUGUCCGGAGGGUUCGUAUUCUCAACCUGUCUCUGUCUACGGAACUACCGAGGUUGGGACUGCACCGAAGACUCACAAGUCCCAUCCAGCGCUUCGAUCUUGCUAGCUUCGCUCAUGCUAACGCUCUCCAACCUACUUUUCCUGCCGAGUAUUUUCUUCGCGAUCCGCCGCGGCUACUACACCGAGUCGAUCAUCUACUUCUUCGCCAUGUUCUUCUCGACGUUCUACCACGCGUGUGACUCCGGCGAAGAAGAGUUCAGCUUCUGCCUCGUCAAGAUCGGCGUCCUGCAGUUCUGCGACUUUUACUGCGGCCUGCUCGCCAUCUGGGUCACCCUGAUCGCCAUGUCCAACGUGCGGCACCAGUUCGUCUCCCUUCUCCACAUGCUCGGAGCGAUCCUGCUCGCCUUCGGCACCGAACUCAACAAGCAGUCCCUGUGGGUGUUCCUAGCCCCGGCCCUGACCGGCAUCUGUCUCAUCUCCGUCAGCUGGGGCCUCCGAUGUCGCAAAACGAAGAAGUGUUUCCCCUCACGGAGCUACCUUGCGCUCUACCUGCCCGUCGGCAGCGUCCUCGUCAUGGUCGGCCUCGUCUGCUACGCGUUCCUCCAGACCAAGCAAAACUAUCACAUCGUCCACUCGAUCUGGCACAUGGUGAUGGCCCUGAGCAUCCUGUGCCUGCUCCCGAACCGCAAGACCUUCCAGCCAAAGUGCUAGCAUACGGUUAUGAUCUACCUGCUGAACUCGU